AGCAGCUGAGACCUCGAGCUGGUGGCGGGCUCAGUGUUUUUGUAUUUUCAGCUGUACUGGCAGGAUGGCGGUAGGGAAGCUGUGCUGCGCAUUUUGUAAACUUGAUUACGAAUCAAGUGAGACGGGGCCGUUGUUAAAAAAGGAGGACGUCUGUGCACACGAAUUGUGUAUGCUAUAUUCAUCUAACCUUACUACUCAAAAUUCACCUGUUGGUGAUGAUUUAGUUGGAUUUUUGCUGAAAGAUGUGAAGGAAGAAUUGAAGAGAGGGAGAAAACUGCGCUGCCCCUCAUGUAAACGAAAUGGAGCUACUAUUGGCUGUGAAAUUAAGAAAUGCCCAAAAUCUUAUCAUUACCUAUGUGCAAAAAAAGAAGAAGCUGUAUUGGUUGAAAAUGAAGCCAAACAUACUUUUGAACUUUAUUGCAAGAAGCAUGUUUCUAGGUGUCCCACAGGGAGCGGAAAUAAAAUUGAUUGUGACACCAAGGAAUUUAAAGCAGUCAGGAGUCCUGUAAAGAGUGAAUCGAGUUCAUUGAAAAGGAAUCGGACUGUGAAGUCUAGGAAGAGGAAGAGGAACAAGUCUCUUGAGGACUCUGACAGCGAAUUUCAUCCGUCCUCGUGCGACAGUGAGACUACUGAUGACAGUAUAGAUUAUGAUAUGCCAAAGAAUCAUACAACAUCAAGUCCAACGCACUGUCAUGUUCCAGAAAUAGGCAAUGAACAGUCUCCGAGUGAAAACCAUCAGUAUGAAAAUGGUAAAGAUUAUUCUGGAGAAGAUAGUGAUGACACUCACGUGAGUUCUGUUAUGGAUGAAAAUGAAGAACACUCUGAAAGUAACCGCUCUGAAAGUAUCUUGGACCCAAUGCUGUUGAUGACCCAACGCUCAACAGGAGGUGGUCACCAGCCAUUAGACUUGCAUCAAGGAAAAGAAGCAGAAUUCUGGCAGUUGUGCCAAAAAACUGGAUGUGUAGAGAAGAUCUUUUCCAAAAUCACGGCUGAGCUAACAACUGUUUCCAUGAAGAUUACUAAUCACAGUGCCAGUGAGAAUGAUUACAAGUUUGCCUUCGCAGUAGUAAUGGCCUCUGGUCUUCUUCCCCAGAUCACAUCAGAAAAUGAAGCCGAGAUUGAAGAAAAGCUGGAAAACAUGCAGAAACAGCAGAACCUGUUGACGCAAGCAAAGUCUGCAAUGCAGGAAAUGAAGGCAAAGAUGAAUCAAUGGCAACCUUAACAGCGGCCUUACUCUGGAUGGAGUUGUAGACCCACACUUGUAUAUGUAACGGUGUAAUGAUGAGAUUUGAUUCAAACAGGUCUGCAGAUGAACAUUCCUGUUGACUGUCCUUGGAGCUGCUUGCCUUACUUCUGUUCUAUAUUUCUUUAUCCCAAUCUUGCCUCAUUGAUAGGCUAUUGACUGUCACUUUGUCUCGUUUCUGCUGGCCUUUUUGCCUUCACAAACUUUUUAAUAUACCUCAUCUUGUGUGGUUGCUUUCUAUUGGAGGGGUAUUUUUGCCUCUGCCUCUGCUGCUGUCCUAAUGCCACUCUGCUCAUAGAAGCUGCAUCAGAUUCUCCCCAACAUUUCAAAUCGGUUUUAGAGUAUUGUGUUUACACCAUAGAGUUAUAUGGCAUGGCUUACAUACCUGUGUCAUUCUCAGUGACACACUGAAAAAUGCAUGGGAUGUAUUAGUUCUGGGGGAUUUUGCUUUAUUAGUUCAAAUAUUUCCCAUGCAAUCUUGUUUUUUCUUUAAAUUGUUGCACAUGUGUUAAUAGCAACCCCACUUGUAACCAUGCAUUCUGCACUUUUUCCAACAAACUGUUUGCUACUCCUGAAAACAGAAGUGUUUAAUCAGUUUGCUCCUGCUAAGAUGUCAGCAAAUCAUGUCUGAAUGUUUUAUGAUUUUUGUUCACUUAUCCUCUGCAUCUUUCAUCUGCAUUUCAUACUCUGAAUGAUCUUCUGUUAAGAAAAUUGAUGUCAUGCCAGAUACACAGUUUUUAAAUCACAGAAUUGUUGGAAUCAGAAAAAUGCAAUUGAUUCACAUUUUAGAGACACAUGACAUUGUUUUUAAAAUGUUUCUUAAAGUACCGACAAUACCAAGGUUUGUGAUUAACAAGUUUAAAACCAUGUUACCGUAAGUAGCUUUCAGAAAUAGGCACUUUGGUGCAUGGUGAUGUGGGGGGGCUGUUCUUUCUGUGGUACAACGUAUUUUAUGCCAUUUGUCUCAUCCAGAUUCAUAGCAGCAUCCUGAGAGGAAUUCUGAAAAGAGUGAAAUGUGUUGCUGAAAAGAACAGUAAAUGAACCCCAACCUUGUAGCAUACUGUAUAGACCAGAUGUAUUUGAAAGGUACCUUACGUGAGUACGACUUUAUUAUUCAAGGAUGUACACAAUAAAGGUAGGCAAAGUGUAGAUUUCUUUCAGAGUGUCACUGACACUUCAAUUUGUCCAUAAACAUUUUCAGGGAUACAUUCCUAUGGAUAUGAGCUUUACUAUUAAACACAAGAAAUUAACAAAGAGAAAAUAGGUUGGAAAAAAAUAGCUUAAAAGUGGACAUUCUCUAUUGAAAUGUCCCUCAUUCGCUUUUAAGGUGCAUACAUAGCCUGUUGUCUCGGGAAGACAAAACAGUGCCUUAAAUCUGAGUAAAGAAGAAAGAACCCAGGAGUUUAUGGGUCAUCAUGGUGUUACAAUUGCCAGUACGACCAAGUUCUAGAUAUUAAACCCGUAAUUCUCUAAAAACUGCAGUAAUCAUCAUUUUAUCAAACAUAAAAUAUUUUAAAUGUUAUAUAUAAUAGAAUGUUAUAUAUGUAUAUAAGAUUUAGUACUUGGUAUAUUUAAGUAUUUUUCAAUUAAAUAAUAAUACAGUUGAAACAUUUUAGAAACAAUGACCAUUAUUGUCAUUAACAUGGCAACUCUGAGUCUUUGUAUGAUUUUAAUUUGAAUGUAAGGUUUAAAUUGUUCUCAAGGUAGAGAUACAUGCAUGUUGCGUCGUCCAGCACAUAAAGAUAAAAUCCUGCUACCAAGAUUAAAUGGAUAGUAAAACGGAACAUGCACAAUGAGUCGUAGUCGACUUGUCACCAUCUACAUCCAGGCUUUAAACCGAAGCCCUUAAGAAGGCUAUCCGAAUGUUGGGUUAUGUAACGUGAUUGUGGAGUACAAGUAAAAGGAGGUUCUGCUCAGUCUUUAUAACACACCAGUGAGGCCUCAUCUGGAGUCCUGUGUGCAGUUUUGGUCUCGACUACAAAAAAAAAAAGACAUAGCAGCACUAGAGAAAGUCCAGAGAAGAGCGACCAGGCUGAUUCCAGGGCUCCAGGGGAUGAGUUAUGAGGAAAGAGUAAAAGAGUUGAGCCUUUACAGGAGAUUGAGAGGAGACAUGAUUGAAGUGUUUAAAAUUAUGAAGGGAAUUAGUCCAGGCGAUCAAGACUCUGAAUGUAAAACGAGUUCAUCAAGAACACGAGGACACAGUUGGAAACUUGUGAAGGGUAAAUUUCACACAAACAUUAGGAAGUUUUUCUUCACACAGAGAACCACCGACACAUGGAAUAAGUGACCAAGAAGUGUGGUGUUCUACUUCGUGUUAUUUUGGAAGAAUUAAGCGGGUAGGAUUGGCAAGCUUUACUGGGUUGAACGGCCUGUCCUUGUCCAGAUUCUAAUGACAGAAUUUCAGAAACAACCCUAAAUGAAUGCUUUCAUUCUUUUUUUUUUAUUAUCAAGCUUUUACAAAAUCAUUCAUCUAAGUAUGUUUAACUCCUUUAUCAGUCAGCAAUGAUCAUUAAGUAGAAAUCAGACUGUAAAGGACUUUGGAUGAGAACUUACUAUUAAAAGCUGUUUGCUUUUCACCCAUAGUUCUUAACCUUGCAGGACUGCAUUGUUUGCCUUCAGUGUGAGGUUGAAAUCACAACAUAGGAUCAGAAUGGUUAGAAUAAUUUCAAUAUUGCAUCCCUGCUAACAUGUAGGAUUAGUGCUUCAUUAAAAAAGAAGUACUGAGUAUGUAGCUCUUCUUUAGCUUUAAUUUCAAGUUCAGGAAUGAAGCAAAUGGAAGACUUGGGUGAAGAGCUCGCAGUAGUCAGUGCCACAGUGUGGGCCAGUGGAUGCAGCGUCUUUUUAGUUUUGCAUUUUUUUAAUUGAAAAUCUGUUCAUUGCAUGAAAGGAAAUGUGUUAUCAAGUGAAUGUUUAUCUCAUUUACAAAAUGUAAUAGGACUUUUUAUGCUUUAUAUUAACUUAUAUAUCACUCAAGACAUGCUUUAAAUAAUUAAUCAUGAUAUCUUGGUAUUAUUUUAAUGCUUUGUUUGUGUUAGAUUUUACAGUUUUUGCAUAUAAUAGAAAUAAUCAAAAGCAAUCAUGUUUUACAUUUUGAAUGGACCCUUUGGUAGGGUGACCGCUCAAAUCUGACCUUGUGUGAAUGAUUGACCUUUUCUUUUUUUGCAACUUUUGCCACAAGUAGCUGCAGAAUGAUUUGUGCAGUGUGCCCAGCAUGGGGCACUUUUUAAAGCUUUUGAACAGAAAUUCCUCUUAUAAGCAUAUUGACCUGCUCUGUUACACACAAGUCAUAUCAUGUCACUUUAGGCCUCAUUGAUUGCUAUUUUUAUACUAACAGUUGUCAGGUACAUUUUGGCUCAUUUCAAGCACCAUCUCAAAGUGCUCAGUACACUGUCGCAGGAUACUACAAAUGCAGUAUAAAUUAAAGAGGACUGCUUGUAUUACGGCAUCAAAUUAAAAUUACAAAAGCUCAAAAGGCCGCGUGAACACUGCAGGCGAGACGCCUCUGUUCGGCUUCACUUAACUUGGUUGGUGGGCUGUCUGUGGUGAGUCCCAUUUACAACUGAUAGGACAGUGAUUAUGUAUUUGAAUAAAUGGAGAAAAAAAACUGUUAAAUUUUCAUUUGAUAUCUUAUUUUGUGUAUUCUAUAACAUAUUUACACAUUAUUAUGACUUGUAUUGCUCUAUUGAAAAGUAACAUGAUAAUUUAAUAAAUAAAACUAAAGUGCACUUUAAUGAUGA